UUCAGGAAAAACAGUUAGAAUCCAGAAUAACCAUGAAUCAAGAAACAUUAGAUGGUUUACAACUCGACAUAAAAACCAAGACCAAGCAUAUUAUUUUCAAAGGGAGUACUGAAGUUCCUUCUUUUUCGGACGUGGAACUUAUAGUUUAUGACAAUGAGAAUAUAACUGGCGACAUAAGCCUAGCACAAUUUCCUAAUCUCGUGAAAAUUACUUUUUCAAAGAAUAUCAAUUUCACUAAUCUGGAUAGUAUCGAUAUUAGUGAAAACGAGAAGUUAUGCUGGUUAUUUGGUUACACAUCUUUUAAUAAUACUUAUUGUAAGCUUUUUGUUAAAGAAAGACAACUUGGUCGAGUAAUAGUAUCUUGGGGAACGGGUGUCCGUAAAGUAGAAAAUAAGUUAGAACAUCAAUGCUAUAUACCCUACUAUAUAGUUGAAGAUCGAAAAUUGGAGCGAUUAGAAACAGAAGUAGAAAGGCUGACACAAGAUCUCACCGAAAAAAAUCAACAAAUAAAGGACUUACAGACGGAAGCAAAUGAAAAACCUACUCUUCACCAGUUUCAAGAACUAAAUAAAAUAGUAUUGGCUGGUAGUGAAUUUGACUACUUCAAUUUAAAAGAAGAAAUUAAGAGACUUAAGUUAAUAGACUUCACACCUUACUUUCAACAGCAAAAAGAACGGUUUGAUCAGUUAACUAUAAAUAGCAAAAAUAAAGCAGGCGAUAAUUUGAAACCAAUAUUAGAACUUUUCUUGCAAACUCGAAAACAAAUUAUCGAGCAGAGCAACAGAAAUGGCGAUGAUUUCGCAAAAGGACAACUACAAGGACAGUUAGUUACUUGUCAGACACUUUUACAAUCAAAGUUUACCCAAGAGGAAUUACAAUCUCUUUUAAAUAUGCAAGAAGAAAUAUUAAAACUCGAAGAGCAAUCAUAUAUUUUGAGUGGGUGA